UCAAUCACAAAAAAACUGACGUCGUUCGUACAUUGGGUACGCCGUGUCGCCUAGGUGGAUUGUACACUUACAUCAACAUUAAAGUGGAAUAAAAUGUCGCGGAUUUACGUAAACAGAGACGCCGCUUCAUCGCUUUUAUUCACCGAUUCUUAAUCAUCACGGGUCAGCUUUGAAGUUGGCGGCGGGAGGCCUAAUUUCGUAUUAAAUCAGCAAUAUUUCAUGGAGAAGAGUGACGUCCUUCUUCACCACAGCAGCUGCACACUUCAGUCCCCGCUGAAUAAAAUAUGAACUGAGGACCUCUUCCUCUGCUCCACGUCACAUAUCUCUGCGCCACCUGCUCGUCGCUGCCGCCCGCCCUUCAACACAAGAGUCGCCCGCCUCGCCUCGUCUCACCUGGACAGAGAAAUGCGCGUGCACGUGUUUUACCGGGUGCACGACCGCGUCUGAGUGAUUUUUCAGCCACGCUUUCAUUCUCAUCAGAGAGGCCGUUUUCCACUUGACUGACACCAACACUCAUAUUGCAAAGAAGCAUGGGUAGGAAAAAGAUUCAGAUCCAAAGGAUCACCGACGAAAGGAACAAGCAGGUGACAUUUACAAAGAGAAAGUUCGGCUUGAUGAAGAAAGCCUACGAGCUGAGUGUGUUGUGCGACUGCGAGAUCGCCCUGAUCAUCUUCAACCACGCCAACAAGCUGUUCCAGUACGCCAGCACCGACAUGGACAAGGUCCUGCUCAAAUACACCGAGUACAACGAGCCGCACGAGAGCCGGACCAACGCAGACAUCAUUGAGACUUUAAGAAAGAAAGGAUUCAACGGCUGCGACAGUCCAGAGCCGGACGGCGAAGACUCAAUCGACCAGAGUCCUCUUAAUGAUGACAAGUUUCGUAAGACCACAGAGGACCUGGAUGUUCUCUUCAAACGCUACGGACAGACAGCUGCUGCCUCCCAAACAUUCUCCAUGCCAGUCACAGUACAGGCAACCAAUCAGAGCACAUUGCAAUUUACCAACCCGGGCAGCGCACUGGUAACUACCUCCUAUGUCACAUCAUCAUCUCUCACGGAUACCCACCUGCUGUCGCCACAGCAACCGGCUCUUCAGAGAAACACAGUGUCGCCUGGGUUGCCACAGCGACCAGCCAGUGCAGGAGCACUUCUCGGAGAUCUGAAUAAUUCAAACGGAGGAUGUCCAAGUCCAGUCCCUAAUGGAUACACCAGCGCCAGGGCCUCCCCAGGUCUGCUCACCGUCUCCAACGGCAACAGUCUGGGGAAAGUAGUCCCGGCCAAGUCUCCGCCCCCACCUCCCAGCCCACAGAUGGUCAACAGCCGUAAGCCAGACCUCCGAGUCAUCACCUCACAGGGCGGGAAGAGCCUCAUGCAGAUGACAGAGGAUGAGCUGGAAUUGGUAAACGAGAACGCUCAGCGGCUGGCGGCUGGAGCCCAGGUGGCACAAUCCCUCACCACGCCGGUGGUGUCUGUCACCACACCGAGCCUCCUGGCUCAAGGGCUGCCCUUCUCCGCCAUCCCCACAGCGUACAACACAGAGUACCAGCUUACCAGCGCAGACCUCACCGCUCUACACGCUCUGGCAUCACCCGGCGGCUUGUUGCCAACCAGCGUGUCGACAUGGCAACAGCAGCAGGUGGUCUCCCAGCAACCGCAGCCUCAGCAACAACAGCAAACGCAACAGCAGCAACUGAAUCUCGCAUCACUUAGCAACUUGGUCAUGUGGGGCGUGGACAAACAGAGCAGCGAGCUGUCUAGCCAAGUGUCCAGUCUGGCUGCCAAUCUGAGUGUUGGCUCUCCAUCCAACCUGCUCUUGGGUAGAGAUGAGUGGUUGGGCCGGCCAGUGACCAACAUCCCUCAGGGCGCCAUGCUGACAGUCAACACCAGUUCCAGCGUGAGCAUCAAAUCGGAGCCCGUCUCACCCGGCCGGGAUCGGAGCACACCCUGUCCUCCACCGUCCUCCACCACACCGUCCUCAACGUCAGCUGGAGCCAUUCUGACCGCUCCGCCCCAGUACCCCGGGUCCCUGCUGUGCCUGGAGCCCCCGACUGGACGCUCUCCUGCUGACAGCGUGAGCAGCAACGCCAGCUCUUUCGAAGGCAGCGAUCGAGAUGACGCCAGCGCUAGCGGCGGUGGCGGCACAGCCGGCGGCACCGGUGCCGAACUCCUCAGGUCAUCAAACGAACCAGAGCAGGAUGGAGGGAACAUAAAGCGCAUGAGGUUGGACGCCUGGGUCACAUAAACGACAGGUGUAUUGGAGUUUUGGUGACUUUGAAACACUUUAAUGCACCGUCAUCAUUAGCCCCACCCGUCCCCCUACUGCCCCCACCCCACUGCUACGUGACACUAUCAUCACAUCUAUCCCGCUUCACUCUUUGUCUCUUAGACUUAACCUCUCAAAAGAACCCAUAAAAAGUCAAAAAGAUAGAAACCAUCUGGACCCGAGGGCCUGAGCAAAGGGAGGGGUGAGUUUACGUCCCAGGUUUGCCCUCCAGUAGAAGGACGCUAGAUUUUUUUUAAGCCUUUUUGCUUGAACAGACUCCCGUAUUGUGCUUUUUAGAUGUUCAUGUUUUGUUUUGGGGUUGUUUGGCGAUUCGACGAAACCACAGAAACAUUUUUUUCAUACGGUUUCUGCAUCACCUUGUCGUAUUCACACGUAGCUUUUACAUGGUUUACAACGUGAUCGGUGGAUCUUUGACUUUACGGGACACCCGCUGCAUGACUCGCCACUUCCUGCUCUUUACAAUCCAAACGUCAUUUUUAACGCGUGCUGUCCACUCAAACCCGUAGGUCACUUCUGGACUUCGCCACUGGAUUCACCUUCACCAGGACAAGUUUGAGGACUCUUUAGUUGGUUUGUUGCGGCGCUGCCACGGUCAGAAACGUCACGCAACUCCUCAGGUGGAGUCAAGCACCCUGCAGGAGUGCCAAUAUCAGCGUCUCUUUGAGAUGAAAUACAAAUGCCAAAUGCCUCUAGCUUCACAGUGCUCACAUGAUGAAAACUCGGAGGACUACGAUUAAUCUGAUGGACUUUGUGCUCCUCCUCAUCUACGACAAACUCCUGCUGCAUUAGAAAUCCGCCAGGAUUAAGACGCCAUCCAUCAAACGCAUAGGAACUUCUACGAGCCUCCUUUUUGUUUUUUAUGGAGUAGGGAAGUGUUUGGUUCUUUCAGUCCAAGUGUUCUUUAUCUGUUUUGAAGGUCCGUUAGUCGUCCAGAAGUAGAAAAAUCCGACUUUGUACUAAAAAAAUAAAUAGAGAAAAAAAAAUCACUCCUUAUUCAAAAGCUUUGAUGUCCUCUUUAGCUCUCUAUAUCUCCUUUAGCUCUUUGCUGUGUUUCGAAAAAGUGAAAGGAAAAAGACGUUUUCUAUAUUUCUACCGCUUCGAGUUGGCGACAGAGUUAAACUAGCUUUUCAGCUUCAAACCACGUGUAUGUACAUAUGAAUAUAUUUGCAUAGACUUUGCUAGGUAUCCCUAAAAACAAGCAAUGUGUCGAUUCUCAGUGGAUCUGUUUGCAUAUACGAGUGUGACUUGGGUAACGUUCGGCGCCACGUCGCAGGGCUCACGCCACCUUCUUGUGACGCCGGUGGAUCGGACUAGUUUCAGUAAUCCUAUUUUAUUCUAGUGUUUGAUGGUGUGCGCACUUUGUUUCACUCACAGAGGCCUGCUUGGUUGUGGUGUCAUAUUCUCUUGCCACGUUUAAAAAAAAAAUAAACAAACCCACAAUCAAAAGGUAAAUCUUACACGGUGGUGUGAACUCAUUAUUAUUAGUAAUGUUUAAUAUUAAUAUUAUUAGGACACUGCCAUUCACUUAGAGUAGUACUAGAGAUAAAAUACACUUUAAAUCUGAGUGUAUCAUGUAAAAUAUCCACGUUAAGCAGACACAAAUAAUUAUAAUUCCCCUUUUCUCCCUUUUAAAGUCAGUGGAUUGGUUUUCGUUUCAAGUGUGUGUGUGUGAACCCCGGCUAUUUAAUAGAACGGUUUCUCUCGAUUGCUUUUUUUUUUUCCUAUUUGAGACGACGCUUAGUGGCAGCUGCUGAUGGUUAUCUACGUAUAAACUGUCCCGGGUUAUAAAGCCCCGUGUGGCUGGCACAGACUCAGAUGCAGCUCAUGAAACAACGUUGUUGGUUUGUGGCGAGUGUCCGGAAAAGAACCUCAAGCUGAUAGGGCGACACAUUUGAUGGCAGUGUUGUUUUGCCAUGAUCAAACCAAGAUUAGGUUAGUACUGUUAAACAUCCCCAAACCCUAUUUUUGAAGACAUUUUACACUUAAAGUGUCAUUGCAGUACAUGAACAUGCUUAUUCACUUUUUCACACGGACUUGUUUUUUUUUUCUUUUCUGUGGUGAAUAUAAAUCUACAAACUGCACAAGGAUUAUUUAUGCAGGAAGUCACUUACUUUGAACUGUCCAGAGAUAACGCAUACCAGCACCUGUGAGGCUCAGCAUCCGACUGAAGGUUCACUCUUUUUAAUCACCGUUUUUAGUUGAACAGCUUGUGCAACAUUUUCUCAACUUAUUCUGGACUUGGGACACAUUUUCAGAUUUGUCAGAUGAUUUAUUUUGGGCCAUAUUUGACAUAAAAGAGCAAAUAUAUAGAUUAUUUUUUUUAUUUUUAUUUAGGCUAAGAUAUUUUAGCUACUUAACCCUGCCAGGUCACCCAGUUGGCCUUUUGGCGGCAUCACUUCCUUCUCCGUUUAUCCGCUGGCAGCAGAGGACGCUUGCAGAAAAACGGAGAAGGAAGUGUCGCCGCCAACAGCAACGAGCUUUGAAGAAGACUGCAGGAGUGGUUGAAACAUCAGCAAAAAAGAAGGUAAAACAACCGUUUUCUGCAUUUAAAAAACUAACUAAUGCAGUUAGAAGGAACAGACAGAAUUAACGCACAAUAUAUAUGUUUUUUUAUGCACUAGAAAGCAUGAUCUGUUCUGAUGAAGAUGGGUGUCUUACAUUUUGACUAACUUAUGGUCAGGAAAAUUUGGAUUAGGAUGGAAAAAAUUAGACCCCUCCUGGGUUCUACCCCCGAAAAGCGCCUGCUAAAGGUGAUUCAGGCAUCAGAUGGGGAUCCAUCCUGGUCCAUCUUGCUUUAGAGGUUUUCUGGGGGCGUCCCUCAGGGAGGACACUUUGGGCACACCCAAAACUCUCUGGAGAACUUAGGAAAAGUAGCUUCAGAGGUGCUGAUAUGCCUUGAAUUCGUAUUUACUUUGAACUCUCUCUUUCUCUCAAACACAAAAAAUUCUUAAGUGAAACAUGGAAUCCAUCUCCACAUAAAUAACUUAACCGUAUUUUUCGUUCCUUUUCCCGUUUCCGUGGCGACAAAGAUUAUUUGGUACUUUUGUCAUAAUGUACAAAAAGGUUCUCUGUCCAAUCUUGCAGUGUAGUCACGAGACAAUCUACAUGAGCAACACGAGAAAAACCUGCACCUGUUACUUGUUGUAUACGAUGUUUUAUAGAAUCUCACUAUUUUUGGAUUAAUUUGUGCUGGUGACAGUUUCCGACGUCUGUUAUGAUGAUGAUGAUGAUAUUAUGGAGCUUUUAUUUUAUUGCUAUUUUUGUGUAGGAUAGCCAACACUUUUUAUUUCCUCUCUUCCUUUACCUUCCUUAUCAUAAACAUAUAGUACUGGUUUUUCCUUUUUUUUAUUUUAUUUUUUUACUUUUAGAAAAAACUUGCUGAAAAUUGCACGAUCAGUUGUUGUGGUAUUAGCAAAUGCAAUGAAGGAAAUACCAGUUAAAUGCUGCAAUUUUAAUUAAGAUAUAGAAUAUAUUUAUAAAAAAAAAUAAAACAGGAAACAACGGAAAUUAGUAAAUCAUGAAUUAAAAAUAUGUAAAUGCAUGGGACACAGGUAACACCUAAGCUUAUGUUACAUACAGUAAUGGUAAGGACAUGCAUCACAAAUGAGUUUAAAAUGGCUCAGAAUAAUGUAGCAUAUGAAAUACUAAAGAUGAAAUUCAUAGCUAAUAUAUUGUGUCGAGCUGGUCUGCUUUGGGUUUUAUUGUAAAGAAAAGAUUUCUUUUUUGUUGUUUUUUCUUUUUGAGAAUGAUAUACAAUUUGUGUAUAUUUUCAUAUACAAAGUAUGCACUGAUAUGUUAUUAAAGUUCUAUACCGCUUUUACAAAAAAAGUGUUUGUUGUACCAAAGUAUCCAAGUCCCUUGAAACCUUAUCCUUUUUGCGUAUGUUUUACCGUAUUUUAUAUAUUAAAUAGACAAACUGAGUGAAAAUGGAAAA